AUGGAACAAUCGCUAACGGUAUGGAUAGAAGAUAUGACGCAAAGGCGGUUGCCUUUGGAUGGGAAUAUAAUUAAACAGAAAUCAUUAAAAAUAUUCAAUUAUUUAAAGGAAACAGGACAAUCAACAACCGACGAAGAUAACCACCAAUUCGUGGCUAGCAAAGGUUGGUUUGAAAAGUUCAAAAAACGGCAUGCUCUACACAGUUCGAAAAUUCAGGGUGAAACAGCAUCCGCAGAUGCUGAUGCGGCGAAUAAAUAUCCUGAACAGUUCAUAAAAAUUAUUGAAGAACAUGGUUAUUUGCCAGAUCAAAUAUUUAACGCUGAUGAGACAGAUAAUGCACCAGCUCAUGCAACUGAUUUAAGUCAUCCAAAUAUUCAAGUUGAGUUUUUACCGCCCAAUACUACAUCAAUAUUACAACCUUUAGAUCAAGGAAUAAUAUCAACCUUUAAAGCAUACUACAUACGCAAAUCAUUUGAAUUAAUAUUAGAGAAGAUAGAAUCAUUGAAUAUAACGGUCAAAGAAGUCUGGAAACAGUUUUCAAUUUUAGAUUGCUGUGAAAUCGUCGGCAAAUCACUCAAAGACAUUCGUCAAUCAACACUGAGAGCUUGCUGGAAAGCACUUUUGCCAGAGGUUGUAGUACAGGAAACUGUUGUUAAUCUCGUUGAGGAUGAAUAUGAAAACGUAGUGAGACUGGCAAACGUAAUAAAAGGCGAUGGAUUUGACGAAAUAAAUGUGGCUGAUAUUCGAGAAUUAGUUGUGGACGACGAAUUAAAUGAAGUAGAUUUAGCAGCAAUGACAAGUGAAGCAUUAUCGAUUGAAGAAAGCUCUGACGACCUCUCUGACACCGAAAUCAAAAACUUUUCGCUAAAAAGUGUGGAGAAACUUUUAAAUCUGGCGAAGGAGUUGGAAGAGUAUGUUUUGGAAAACGAUCCUCAGGAAAUCUAUAAAGAUUUACGAAGUAGGACAAAGCAGACAUCAAUAAAAGAUUUUUUAAAACCAGCAAUAAUAGCUGAACCGGAUCAAUGUGAUAGUGGGUCAAGCUCGGAUUUUGAAAUAGGACGACCAAGAGCAAAACGUUUGAAGCAAAUUAUAAUAAGUGAGGACGAGCGAGCGGAUUUGUAG